CGCUUGCAAUCUGGCUUCAUACCUGCUCUGCUGGCUGUAUUUGCAUCUCCAGGCCCCCAACAUCUCCAACUUGACGUUCACGUUGCCUGCAGAAGCGGAAGCAAGCCAAUCGUUGCUGCUAAUGCUACCUAUUGGUUUUCAACCAUAAUUUAGUUACCUCCCUCUUACUCGAAGUUUGAUUCAUCCCACCAACUGGUCCCGCUCCCGCCUUUACCUCCCCCGCCAUUAUGGUGCGCCUUCGAGAUAUACCCAGGACGGCCACCUUUGCGUGGUCGCCUGGUUCAGGGAAGCCUUUACUAGUCACCGGUACCCGAGCUGGCGCCGUUGACGCCGACUUUUCAGAUGAGAGCAAAUUAGAGCUCUGGGACCUUGCUCUGGAUGACCAGGGCCAGGGCCUUGAGCUGCAACCCCUCGUCUCGGUAAACACCGAUGCUCGAUUUUAUGACAUUGCAUGGGGCCCACCAGAUGCAGACCAUCCUAAGGGUAUUAUCGCUGGUGCCCUCGAGAAUGGUUCUCUAAACCUCUGGGAUGCCGCGAAGCUGGAAGCUGGAUCCGGUGACGCUCUUCUCUCCCAGACGACAAAGCAUACCGGCGCGAUUAAAACGUUACAGUUCAACCCGUUGAAACCCCAGAUUCUUGCCACCGCUGGUGCCAAGGGCGAACUCUUUGUCUACGACAUUAACGAUAUCGCCAACCCAUUUCGAUUGGGCAAUGCGGCCGCGAGAUCUGAUGAUAUUGAGUGCCUUGCUUGGAACCGAAAGGUUUCCCACAUUCUUGCCACAGGUGGUGCCGGAGGAUUCGUCACUGUCUGGGACCUCAAGACUAAGAAGGCCUCGCUCACUUUGAACAACAACCGCAAGGCGGUCAGCGCUCUUGCAUGGGACCCCAAUAAUUCGACAAGACUUCUUACUGCGACCCCCGAUGAUAACACUCCAGUCUUGAUGCUUUGGAACCUGCGCAACUCCAACGCGCCUGAGCGAACUCUGGAAGGCCAUGAGGCAGGCAUUUUGUCUGUAUCUUGGUGCCCUCAGGAUAGCACACUCUUACUGUCAUCAGGCAAGGAUAAUAAGACUAUGGUUUGGAACCCAGAGACUGGAGAAAAGUAUGGCGAAUUACCCGAGGUCACAAACUGGACCUUCCAAACCAGCUUCAACCCUCAUAACCCGAAUUUGUCCGCAACUGCCAGCUUUGAUGGCAAGAUCACUAUUCAGACUCUGCAGAACACCAACCCCGACACAUCUCAGGCCGCGGCAAACAAGAACCUUAACGACGAAGAUUUCUUUACGGCUGCCCAAACCCAACCUCAGGGAGCGUCAUGGUCUCUUGCCAAACCCCCAUCGUGGUACCGCCGCCCUGUUGGCGUCUCCUUCGGCUUUGGAGGCAAAGUCGUGUACUUCAGACCCACGGCUGGCAAGGAAAACUCGUCAGAGGUGGUAAUUAGUCAAUUUUCUGCCGACUCUGACGUUUCAUCCGCUACUGAAAAGUUCCAGGCUGCUAUCGCCGCUGGAGACGUACAGGCAAUCUGCACAGAACGUAUGGAACAGGCUAAGACUGAGGAAGAAAAGGCUGACUGGAAGGUCAUGCAAACUCUUGUCGAUGAAAACCCUCGUGCCAAGAUUAUUGAACAUCUCGGAUUUAAGGAGGAGGAUAUCACUAACGGUGCUACUACCGAGGCUGAAACGACCAAAGAUUCUGGUGAUGCGGCAGAGAAUCCCAAGCGACUGUCGAAGCUUUUUGAUGGCGAAGAGGGAGCUGACGAUGACGACUUCCUUGCCGAUGUUCCUGCGACAAAGGGAGCCAGAAUCGACAAGCCGUUUGACCUAUUUGGCGAUGCGGAUACUGGAGUUGACCACGACAUCACCAAAGCUGUUAUGCUAGGCAACUUUGCUAAAGCUACUGAGAUCUGCCUUAAAGAGAACCGCAUCGCUGAUGCGUUUUUGAUCGCCAACUGUGGUGGCCAGGAACUUGUUGACAAGGUACAGACCGCUUAUCUUGCUCAGAAGAAUGGGGCACCAAGCUACAUGAGGCUCCUCGGCUCGGUCAUUGAAAAGAACCUGUGGGAUGUUGUUUACAACGCUGAUUUGAAGAAUUGGAAAGAAACCAUGGCAGUGGUAUGCACAUUUUCCGACCCUGCAGAGUUCCCCGAUCUUUGUGAGACCCUUGGUGAUCGCAUUCUUGAGCAGGGAGAAAGGAAAGAUGCCUCAUUCUGCUACCUCGUUGGAUCCAAGCUUGAAAAAGUUAUUUCAAUUUGGACUAGCGAAUUGGAAGAGGCUGAGAGAGAAGGUAUGAACCAACAGACUGACGAUUCAACCUUCUCUGUCCGUGCACGCACCCUACAAAGCUUCAUUGAAAAAGUCACAAUCUUCCGACAUGUCACCAAGUUCGAAGACAGUGAACGAAACCAGACAUCUGGCUGGAAGCUCUCUGCUCUGUAUGACAAGUACACCGAAUAUGCUGAUAUUCUUGCUGGUCACGGUCAGCUUGAGGUUGCACAGAAGUACCUGGAUUUACUUCCAAAUGAAUACCCUGCUGCUGAGCUUGCGCGCAGCCGCGUUAAGCUUGCCACCCAGAAAUCCGGCGUACAGAGCGUCAACAAGAAGAAGGCACCUGUUGCACAGACAUCCCAAGCACCGGCCUUUGGCGGAUACCAGCCUCAGCAGAACUUCGGUGCUGUACCAUCAACAAACCUCUACGGAGCCCCUGCUCCCGCACCUCAGGUAGCACCACCAGUACAGGCCCAGCAACCGAGCUAUAUGCCUCCUGGUCAAAAUGCCUACCAGCCUGUUAAUGCUUACCAGCCACAGCCAUCAUGGGGUAACCAAGGCGGAUAUCAGCCUCCUGCACAGGGCUACACUACUCCAGCGCCGCCUCCUAUUGGCGGACCCCCUCGGUCCUCUACACCUUCUGCCCCCCCUAAGAAGAAGGCUGACGAGACUGAGAACUGGAACGAUGUGCCAAUGGUUACAAAGGCGGUGCCUCGCCGCAGUACCCCCAAGGUACAGCCCAUUGGAUCUCCAUUUGGUCAACAACCUGGCAUAGCAUCUCCUCCUGGUCCUCCCAAUGCCUACGGACAAGUUGCCAGCCCUCCACCACCUCCUCCAAAGGGCUCAGCCCCUCCCCGUGGCCAAUCGCCACUUACUACGUUCGGCGCUCCUCCAACUGGUCAACCCAGCGUAGCAGCUUCUGGCCCUCCCACCGGCCCCCCUACUGGACCUCCUCGUCCAUCGUCGACUGCGAACCAGUACGCGCCGCCUCCAUCUUCCGGACCAGCACCUGGGAUGCCAAGCGUCGUGCCAAUGCGAACAGCGUCACCCUACGCUCCUCCAACUGCAGCCCCCCAGUCAAACCGUUACACUCCAACACCAGCUGCAUCAGGCGCCAACAUGGCUGCUGGAAUGAUUGCCCCCCCGCCAGGCCCGGGAGCUGUGCCUCCUCCUGCUGCGAACCCGUAUAGCCAGCUUGCUCAGCAGAUACCUCCACCUCAACAGUAUGGAGUACCUGCGUCAAACUACGGAGCUCCUCCCAUGGGCCAAGCCCCCCCUCAAGGACCUCCUCAAGGACCCCCUCAAGGACCACCCCAGGGACCUCCUCGCGCUGGACCUCCCGGUAACGCCCCGGCUGCCACACCCCCUCCUCCUAGAGCGGCUGCUGCGCCAGAACAGAAGACAAGACAUCCAGCAGGUGACAGAUCCCACAUACCGGCAUAUGCGCAGUCUCUUGUUUCAAUCUUGGACCAGGAUAUGCAGAGGGUUGCUGCAAAGGCACCAGCGAACUUUUCCCAGCAAGUAAAGGACACACAGAAGCGCCUCAACUUGCUCUUUGACCACCUCAACAAUGAAGAGCUUGUGCAGAGAGAUACUAUUGAACAGCUAUCCAAUCUCGCGAACGCAAUUCAAGCCAAGGACUAUGCGACAGCCUCCACUCUCCAAGUGACGAUUCAAAGAGAGAAGGUGGAGGAAUGUGGCCAGUGGAUUGUUGGUGUGAAACGACUCAUCAGCAUGAGCAAGGCCACUCCUUAAGUAAAAGUAACGCAGUGGUCUAUUCACAUUAGCUGUAGAGGCGAUGAUUGAACCAUAGAUCUAGUAGCGGAUGUAUGAUUUGAUUUCUGCUUGAGCGGUUGCUUUGAUAGAUAAAAGCUGCUGGUGCAUGUGGAAUGGUGCCUUCUAUACCGCGUGUGUGGCCUAUUACGGGACAUUAUCUGAGAGAGAGGAGAUGAACGAGACAAAAAGACUAUAUAUGCAGUUUAAAAAUAAUUCCAAGUUUAUUUAUUCAAUU